AUGGGAUCGGAACUCAAUGUCUCCGCCGAUUCAAAGGCGGAGCUCCUCAUUUCCCCAGUCACCAUUUGGUGGGCUGUCUGGACUGUUGUCUGGACAAUCCCCGUGGUGCUGGGCAUGUGGUAUCUCAUCCAUAAUCGUAACUCGCCUAUCCUCCGAAUCCGUGGCCUCGGGCUGUCACUCUCUGCAAUCGCAUUUUUACACGUUUAUUGGAUCCUUGUCCAGGUUGGUCUCAUGUACGGUGCUCUCGCACCCGGUGAUACUGAAUUCUGGAUCAUGGGUCUCUGGUUGCCAUGCGGCAUUUCUCUUUUCCACGCUUCCAACAGUCGAUUCCUCCACGUCGCCAAACUCCAGAAGAAAUACCCCAAGAGCCAGAAAGGCCUGAUGAACCGUUUCCUUAACCUCGCCUACAACACCCGGAUCCUCAUCCUCGUCGGCGCCGGUAUGCUUCUUCAGAUCUUUCUCACGGUUCUUAUGUGGGUUAUCUCCCGCAAGUAUCAUAGCUCCUGGGGUAUUCCCGGUACCCAAACUCACGGUACUGAGAUGCAACAGAAGUCUGAGAUGGGCAGGGGAUGGGAAUGGUGGCCCAGUGUGGCCCUGCAAUUCUUCUGGGCCUGGGUCGUCGCCCCGAUUAUCUUGUGGAAGUCCCGCAACAUCAAAGAUACUCAGGGCUGGAGAAUUCAAACUAUUGGUUGCUGUCUGUCUAAUCUACACGCCACUCCGAUGUGGCUUAUCGGUCUUUACGUCCCUGGCAUGGAGGUCAUCAACCAGUACUGGCUCCCUCCUCAGUGGAUCUGUCUUUCUAUUAUCUCUAUUGAAAUCUUCACUGUCUUCCUUCCCUGCUGGGAGGUCAUGCGCCACCAGUCUCUUCGCCAGGAAACCCUUGAUGCGAUCUCCAACUGGGAGAAAAAGGUCAAGGGUGAAACCUCCGAUGGAAAGUCCAUGAACUCCACCUCCACUAUGGUGGACUCCAUGCUCUCCGUCGGUUGGUCUUCUAAGGGCUCUGUCAAGAGUGACAACAGCUCUUCCCGCGACAGUAUCUUGACAAUGGGUGCCCUGGAAUAUGUUCUCGAUCGUAACCCGGACCCUCUUCAGAAGUUCUCUGCCCUCAACGACUUUUCCGGUGAGAACAUCGCUUUCCUCACCAGCGUCGCCGAGUGGAAGAACUCCCUGCCCCAGGCUAUCUUGGAUGGGCCUGGCGCUAAGGACGAAAAUCUCCGUGAUCUCCUCCGCGAGCAUUUCAACCGCGCCCUGCACAUCUACGCCGAGUUCAUCAGUGUCCACCACGCCGAGUUCCCCUUGAACAUCUCAUCCAACGAUCUCAAGCACCUCGAGUCUGUUUUCGAGAAGCCCACUUGCAUCCUCUAUGGUGAGGAGCGCGAGGUCGACCCCGUCAGCCCCUUCGACAAGUUUACCUUCGACAUCCCGUCGCCCAGCAAGUCUGAGUUUUCCGAGAAAGGCACUGGUAGCGGUAGCUCGAUUUCUUCGAUCAAGGACCGGGUUAUGUUCUGGGGUGAUAUUCCUACGGAUUUCUGCGCGACAAUCUUUGACGAGGCUGAGCAGAGCAUCAAGUACUUGGUGCUCACCAACACUUGGCCCAAGUUUGUCCGGAACCACCGCCGUCUCUCGGCCAGCUCAGAGGCUACUCUGAACGAGCAGUCCGGCAACAUGGUCUAG